UAAAUUUGAUUACAACAAUCAAUUUGACAAACUAAGUGUCUUAAGUAUGUUAUCUAUGGACUAUUCUUAAAGAAAUUAAGAUUAAUCUGCGUAACCAGUUGCCAUGGCAACGGCAUUCUUGCGUUUAAGUUUACAUUGCAUAACAUUGUAAUGUUACCUAGAAAAUAAUGUAAAUUUAUAUCGAUAUGGCUGCAUUGCUACCAGAUUUAGAUAUUAGGACUGUUCUAAAUGUUGUGGAGGAAAAUUAUGAAAAACAGAAAUUGAAAACAUUUGCAAUACGUAUGAUAUAUGCCGGAGAACAUUGUCUACCAAAGGAUGAAAUAAUAAAGCACUUUGAACAAACGAUACAAGAUGUGAACUCCACAUAUUGCGAAAUUAAUGUUUAUGGCUUAUUACUGGUUUACGACAGUUACUUUGUCCAUAUUGUUGAGGGCUCAGAAGACACAGUUCACAGGCAUUUAAGGUUCCUUUUUAAUAGUGAAGUGAAAUGGAUAGAGUAUAUGAAAAAACAGGACGAAGAAGCAGCCAAUAUUGAUGACGAGGAAAUGGAAGGAAUAAAACUGCUAGAGGAGCCCUCAGAACCAGUAGACAGAAAAAUGUUUAAGCGCUUGAAAAUGUUGAUUGUUUAUCAUUCUAUAACAACGCGUUUAUUUGACGAUUGGCGUGCAAUAACGGCGCGCCCGCCUUCACUUGUCGGAAAGCUCGACGUGUUCGGACCUUUAGCGGAUCACGUAGAACAAUUAAGAAUUUGUCUUGACAAAAUAAGGAAAUUUUGUGCCCUUGCCCAAGACGAUGAAGAGCUCUCCUUCACGGGUCUCAGCGCGAAUGACCCAAAAAUGGAGGCGUUACCAGAGAUUACGCUGUUGGAUUUCUUACUUGCGUCACAGCAUAUACUGGAUCUUCGUCACGUCGUUCAUUUGCAUCGACGGGUUGAUGAUUACGCCUUCUAUUUCGAAAAAGUGUGGCCACUACCAACGCACUUUACGCCAAAACUCUUGUACAAGUUAAAGGUAGACGAUUCGUUUGUGGAACCAUUACCAGUAAUGCCAUGGGAACUUGUAAAGAAGGAAGUCGCAGAAGACGAAGAAAGAGAAGAACAACAGAGUGGUAGUUCGUCCAGUGAUUAAUGUUUAAUCUGUAAAAUAUUUCUGUGAUUUAGAUUAUGAAAUAAAAAUUAGCUUGUGUCAUCCGGCUACUCGCACUCGGAUCAUGCCAAUUACUAGUUGGUAAAAACCAAAUAAAAUAAAUGCUAAUGUAAAUUAUGGUCUUAGAAGCGUCAUUCUAUGGUCAACACAACACGAGAGCUUAGCCAAAAUUUGGUAUUACAUAGAGUGUAAGAGGCAUCACUAAAGAGCCGCUAAGUUAUACUUGACAGUAUUUAGUUGAAGAAUAUGUACCAGGAGUGGACACAUUGUUAAGGAAUUAUGAUGAUAAUUAUAAUCUUGCACCAGUGCAUCUUUUUAAGCGUUGGGUAUCAUUCCAUCACAUAGGUACCAAUUUAAUAUGUAUAAAGUAGUAAAAAUCACGAAUUUCCCUAUUUGUCUUUAAAGUCUAAUCUGAAUUGCGUUUCUUACCAACCUAGAAUGAUUGAUAAAAACGCAGUUCAGAUUAGCGUGGACUUACGAUUAAAUUAUUUUAUAUUCAUGACAGAGCCAAACGUUUUAUAAACAGUAUAAAAGAAGAUUUAUACUCGAAUUAAGUACCAAAAAUAAUACCUUUGCAUGUUCGAUCUUGCUUUCCCAGUCCCAAAUACACCUAAUAUCUGAUUCAUUGAGGAAAUUAUAUAUUUAGAUGUUUGCCCCUAAUAAAGAAAAUCAAUUUUGACGCUAACGAACAAAAUCGUCUAGUUCCAAUGUUUCUUCAUAGAAACACUGGAUCGGACAUCCGAUGUUUUUAAUAUACCUAACCCCUUUUUUAGUUCACAAAUAUUUUAAGAAAUCUUCUGGCUUAUUAUUAAAAUAAAGUUUUCUUAAGCUUGUUAACUCGCAAGUUACAAUUUGAAUGUGCUUAGUUUGUUAAUAUUUUCAUGAAGUAGUUGCACACAAUGAUCAUGUCUAUCUGUAUUUAAUAAAACUUUUUUGUUAACUUA